AUGGCGAGGAGAAGGCAAGCUGAUACCGUGGGCACAUCUAUCUUCCCGUGCCUCUUUGUUAUCCUGCUUACCAGGUGCUCCCCAGUGGGGUGUGCUGGAGGGAGUAACUCUGCAUCCCACAGCACAGAGAAACCUAUCCUGCUAAACAGCAUCGCAGAUGCCGAAGCCUUCGUCAGCGGUGCAGAGGUGGCAGUCAUUGGAUUCUUCCAGGACCCGCAGAGCCCCGAAGCGGAGCAGUUUCGCCUGGCGGCCGGACAGGUGCCGGAGGUGCCCUUCGGGCUCAGCAGCAGCGCCGCCGUCCUGUCCCACUACGGCGCCCCGGCGAACACUGUCGCGCUGUUCCGCACGGUCGACGAUGACCGGCGGGAUCUGGAUAUGAACAGCAGAGAGGUUGAUGCCAAGAAGCUGACUCGCUUCGUCCGGAUCAAUGAGCUCCGCCUGGUGACAGAGUACGACCCUGUGACAGCAAUAGGUGUGAUGCAGAGUUCAGUCCAGUUCAACCUCCUCCUGAUCACAGACAAGAUGUCUCCAAAGCACCCCGAGCGAAUGCGCAAGUUUCGGGCGGCGGCAGAGCUCUACAAGGGGAAGAUUCUCUUUAUCCUCUUAGACAGCAAUUUGAAGAGCAAUGAACGAGUGUUGUCAUACUUCCAACUGAAGAAGUCCCAGCUGCCAGCUCUGGCUGUAUUCCACACACCAGAUGAUCAGCACGAUGUGUUGACUGUGGGUGAAAUCUCCACUGAGCGUGUACAGGACUUCUGUAAUCGUUUUCUACAAAGAAUGCAGAAGAAAGAAGACAAAUCUGAGGAGAAGUCCCUCAAUGAAGAGCUCUGA